ACUCGGCUUUUACAAUGCAUGUCGGCUUUUUUUCAUCUUUAUGGCACAUCAUAAACAUGCCACCAAUUAACCUGAUGUGCUGUUAUGACAGAAGUUUUUAAUAUAUUGUUCACCCCAUUUUUAUCAGUGUGGGGGGGGUUCUGAAUAUUAGAAACAUCUUUCUGUAAUGAUGCAAUUUAUUUACAGUGACCAAAAACCAGAACACUAACAGUCAUGAAGAGGUGACUAACAGUCAAACUGUUUAAUUGGACUGUGUACAUUUCCAAGACAGUUCCAAUCACAACAACCAUGCUUCAUAGUACUGCUAAGCUGCAUGUUUAUUAUCCCUUUAUCAAAUGUUCUAUUUUCCCUGAGCAAGCGUGCCACAAAAAAGAAAUGAGACAAAUAGCCUUUUAAUCUGUACCAAGAAGUCUAAGUCUACCAAUGUCUAUAUAAUUAACUGAUUAACCGGUUAGUAGACUUAAAUUAAAUAUGAUGCAAUUGGUAUGUUUCAGAUGUUAAAUCAGAAUUAAAUCUGCAGUCAUUUGAAUAAUUGGUUAAUCAGUUGAGUCCAUUUUCCAAGCAAAAAUAACACAUUUUUGUGUAAAUUUGUCAUUCAAUAACAUUCACUUCAUUUUGUGUAGGGUUUGUACUGUUCAGCAGACACAACGAACAAAAAAUCUUACCUUGACCACUGAAAAAUUGUGAAUGCAAUUUUUGAACUUUAAUCUAACAUUUCAUUGACAACCAAUAAUGAGGAAAAUACCUAGCAUAUUGAUUGAUCAUGAAAAGCAUGACUAUUUGCAGCCCUGGUUUUCACAAUAAUUGAUGUCAUCUUCUUGAACGUGAGAGGAGAGGAAAUCAUUUUUUCUUAAAAUGCAAAGUGUCGAACAGAUGCAGGUUUCAGAGGACCACCUUCUGCAGAUGAUACUCAAUAUAACAAACAAUUCUGUAUUUACAAACUAUCUGUGCUCAAUCCAGCAAUGUGCAAACCAUUGGGCAAGGCUCUGAAGCCUUUUCUACCUAAAAUAUGAAUGCCUUUGGCCCAGCAAUAAGUGCAUUAAUAAGUAAUUUCUGUCACUAGUUCAUCCAAACAGACUUUGAUCUGAUCUCACAGGGGGGUCACUGUGUAACCAAGUCUGCAGGUGGGGACAUGAGUCCCCUUGGGUUGAGAUUUGCCACUAAGCAAACAUCGUAGUUGUCGUGCAUCAGAGCCCGCCGAGCCACCACUGUCCACCGGUUAUCCCUUGGAUCCAGUUCCAAAAUAUCCUUUGUUAUAUUAUCAUGGCGAUCUAAGGAAAGUUAAGAAAAGGAUCUAUAGUUGCUUUUCAAAGUCUUUGAAAUGCUUAUUAUUCAGUUGAUUAAGACAAUCUUUAUUACCUGCUCCUUUAUAGUAUCCACACACAUAAAUCUUGCCUCCCACCACUCCAGCAUUAGAGGCGGUGGAGCGCAGUGAGAGCUGUGAACAUGGGAGAGGGGGUCCAUCCCUCCAGCAAUCUCCAUCUGGGUUGUAGAUCUCAACAGCAUCAAGACAGCGGCGAGAUUGCCCACAGUCCAGUCCUUCGCAUCCAAUACCCCCUGCAAAACAAGUUUUAUCAUUAAAUGGAAUAUUUCAGACAAAAAAAAAAAAAAAGGAAACCAAAAAAAUUGGAUUCACUUUGCAUGAUCAAUAUAGUUUUUAAAUAGACACACCAAUAACACUGACAAUAUAAAAUAGCCUGUAUAACUAAAUUCAAUCUUACCCAUCACAAAAAUUUCCCCAUUUAGUGCAACAGCACUGCAGCGGUACUUUGAGUACUUCAUGGGUCUCAGCUCUGUCCACUUAUUACUGUUUGGAUCAUACUCCAGUAGGCGGUUACUGAGACGAUCUGGCUCAUCAUCCAUCCGGUAUGACUGUAUGGUAGAAGUAGAAAGAGGUAAAGACAGAGCAGAGCAGGUGCAGUCGACAAAGAGUUUAUGAGGAAUGUGUCAGCAGGUUUUGUAAUAGUUGUUCAGGCAUUAACAAUGUGUUAUAGGUUCCUUGACUCCACCUGUGGUGUUCGACCCCCCAUCACGUAAAGGUGGUCUUUCAUUCUGACCACGCUGUGAUAGGCCAAAGGCAGAGGCAAGGGAGCUGCACUGCGCCAGGGUCCACCCUGCAGUGACCAUCGGCCUACACAGUUAGUGAUGAGAAGCUGGUUCUUCAGCUUCAUCUGCCCACCCAGGAGGUACAAUGUGUCGCCUACAGAUCCCAGAGCAUAAGAAUCACGGUACUCAGCUGAUGUCAGGUGCUCCCAGGUUCCCUGGGCCUCUACUCUGUACCUGGAAACCCAUAAUAACAUCAGUAUCAUCCAAAUGGCGAAAACAAAAUACAGAGUUAACCAACGUAUCACUGAUGUUUUCUUACCUGUAAAUCUCAACAUUCAUGUCCUUUUGUCGGGCUAUUUUGCGUGCACUUGCUUCUCCUGCUACUACAAUGUCAUUUUUUUCGGUUACAAUCCCGGCACAUACAUAGCCUAAAGCCUCUCCAUAGCGAGGUGAAGUGAUGUAGUAGGUUCGGCCUGUGGAUGGGGCAUAGCAAAAGCUGCGCUCUGAAUAGUUGCCAUAUCUGGACCUUAUCCCAUCUGUGUCAUUGCCGACACAGAGCAGUAGAUCUGUGGUCUCCAUACCGUACCUCAGCUUCAGUUUGCGUGGUGCAGCUGAAGGAUGCAUUCCCACAGCCCCCAAUGCUUCAUUGAUAAUCUCCUGACAUUCAGCAUCAGACAGCAGGGCCGUGUUUCUCUUCAUGGCCUGACUUAAAUAGUCAGGGUUUAUCAGAGGUAGACGGACCCUCCUCAGGAGCUCUGGAAGAUGCAAGAUGCGGUUCUCUUCACCCAUCAAAGUGCUGUGUUUGACCCAGCGAAGGACCACAUCUAGAAUGGUCUCUUCUCGUGAAACAUUAAGGUCAUCAGAACUUAUGAGCUUUCCUAGCUGAUGGGCCUCCAGAUCCAGGAUUUCCUCGUUUUGACAGACUUUGACAAAGUUCUGCCUUAGGAAGUGCUGAGCGUGAUCAGUCAAAUCUUCUGCGCCCAGGUCACGAGCAAAGUAGUACACGCCAAGACAGUUGGAGGCAUCCAUGUUCUCAGUCAUGUGCAGCUGACAGCGAGUGAAGACCUCAUCCAUCUGAAAAAGAAAAGCUGCGAUGGAGAUGCCUUGUACAUUGGUGUUAGUGAGUGGAAGAUCCGAGCAGUACAUGUAGCUCAAGAGGAUUGACAGGCUCUCUGCGGGGGUGUCACGAAGGAUGAUUUCUCUGUUGUUGCACUCACGCAGGCCACAUGUGAACAUAACUCGGAAGUAUGGGCUAAAGGCCGCCAGAACGACUCGAUGACAGGGGAAGCUGAUGCCCUCAGCAACCAGCACGACAUCUGUCAGAUGCUCAGUCUCCCUCAUCUUCCUCAGCUGAUCAAGCAGCACAAGCCCAUGUUUGGCUCUGAAUGGACUACUCUCGCAGAUCUGGGAAAUACAGAGUGGAGCGGGAAGUGCUGGAUGAGCAUAGACUGGAAGAGUUAACUCAGAGAAAAACAUACUCUGACUGUCACCCAUCUGUGUCUGAACAGCUAAAACGUUCUUUAAGAUGUACGUUACCAAAACUGAAACACGCUGUGCUGAGCAGCUUGCCUAUACUGUACUGGCUGCCCAAGUACUCAAUCUGGGACUACGGCAUGCCAGAUCUCAUCUCGGGCAUCAGUGUGGGGAUAAUGCAUUUGCCACAGGGUAUGGCAUAUGCUUUGUUGGCUUCUCUACCCCCUGUAUUUGGCCUUUACACAUCCCUCUUUCCACCAUUUAUCUACAUCUUUUUUGGAACAUCCCGUCAUAUUUCAAUCGGUACAUUUACUGUGCUGAGCAUCAUGGUGGGCAGUGUGACGGAACGACUUGCUCCAGACAUGAAUUUCCUCAUAACAAAUGGGACCAACACCACUGCAGAGGUGGACAUAGCUGCUCGGGAUUCAUACAGGGUUCAGGUGGCAGCUGCUACUACUGUUCUAGGAGGACUAAUUCAGGUGGUACUUGGUAUGGUGAAGUUUGGAUUUGUGGGAACAUACCUGUCUGAACCACUGGUACGAGCGUACACAACGGCUGCUGCAGCUCAUGCUGUUGUGGCACAACUGAAGUACAUCUUUGGAGUUUCACCAACACGAGUUAGUGGCCCUCUCUCACUGGUAUAUACUCUGAAGGAUGUUUGCUCCUUGCUGCCACAGACUCAUCUUCCCACACUGGUUGUCAGUGCUGUGUCCAUGGUAUUUCUGAUUGCAGCGAAGGAACUCAAUUCUUAUCUCAGUCCAAAGCUGCCAGUGCCUGUCCCAGUGGAGCUCAUCACAAUUGUGGCAGGAACAUUAAUAUCAUCCUAUGCCAGUUUGAACAGCAACUACACUGUUCCAGUUGUUGGCGAAAUUCCCAGUGGUCUACGUCCUCCGAGUGUCCCAGAUGAGAGUCUUUUUGGAGAAGUUAUCGGUGAUGCUUUUGCAUUGGCCAUUGUUGGAUAUGCUAUAUCUAUUUCACUCGGAAAAACAUUUGCACUGAAGCAUGGAUACAAGGUGGACAGUAACCAGGAGUUGGUGGCGCUGGGUCUCAGCAACACAGUAGGAGGCUUCUUCCAGUGCUAUUCUGUCUGCCCCUCUAUGUCCAGAAGCCUAAUCCAGGAGACCACUGGAGGAAAAACACAGAUGGCAGGGGUUGCCUCAGCUCUGGUUGUGCUGGUAACGAUACUGAAACUUGGACCUCUGUUUCAGGAGCUGCCAAAGGCUAUCCUUGCAGCGAUUGUCUUUGUGAAUCUGAAGGGCAUGUUCAAGCAGUACUCUGACAUAGCUUCACUGUGGAAACGCAGUAAGAUUGACCUGGUGGUGUGGUUGGUCACUUGGGUGUCAACAAUGCUUUUCAAUCUGGAUUUAGGUCUUGCUGCAUCCAUCACCUUUGCUCUGCUCACUGUUAUUUUCAGAACUCAGAUGCCAACAUACUCUGUACUGGGAAAUGUUCCAGGAACAGAACUAUACGUGGAUAUUGAGACCCACAGAGAGGCAAGAGAAAUACCAGGUGUAACGAUAUUCCGCUCCUCAGCUACGGUCUAUUUUGCAAAUGCUGAGCUUUACCUCGAGGCUCUGAAAGAAAAGAGUGGGCUUGACAUCAGUAAAAUGAUCAUUUAUAAGAGGAGGCAGGAGGCCAAGCAGAAACGUAGAGAAAGGAGGGCAGAGAGACGAGCAAUGAGGCGAGCAAAGAGAGAGGUGAGACGGGCUCAGAGGGCAGUUAAAAAGACCCCUGCAACCCCAGUGUUCUCUGUGGAGGAAGAGGCCAGACCCUGGGGAGACAUAUGCAUGGAUGGAAAUGUCUCAGAUACGGAGGAGCAGGACUGGACUGACAGAGAGAAUGGGACAGUGUUUGUCAUCCCCACUACUCCCCAAACACCAGACGGUAAGGGUAGAUGGGAAUACCUGAAAGGAGGGGAUCCAGACUGCACCAGUUUAGGGUGGAUGUCUGAGCUGCAGGACGGGGACACCACCACUCUGGGCUCCAGUAGUGAUGACACUUUGAGUCGGGACCUGGAGCGGGUCUCUCUCGGGUCUCUGGGGAAGUGGACGUGGGACAUUCACUCCUUAAUCAUAGACCUGUGCACAGCUAACUUCAUCGACACAGUGGCUAUAAAGACUAUAAAAAAUAUUUUCCAGGACUUCAGUGAGAUUGAUGUGAAUAUCUACCUGGCUGGCUGUCAAGCCUCUGUGGUGGAACAGUUAGAGCGAGGUGACUUCUUCUCCAAGACGAUAACAAAGAGACACCUUUUUGCCUCAGUUCAUGAUGCUGUACUGUAUUGUCUCAACCACCAUGGUGCUACAACGAUCCCUCGAUUCGAGCCUUCAGGGGACACACAUGGCAGCACAAAACUUUAAAAACUGCAACCAAUCAGGAUUCAGCUUGGAAGUUGGAAAAACUCAACACCUCAAAGGGGAAUAAUCUAACGCUAUAAGCUAAGAAUGCAACAAAUCAUACUUAUAAAUAUUUGAUGAAAUAAAUUCAGUAUAUUUCUUUGA